AGGGCCAACCCGGAAACGGCUGGGCGCGGGCGCUUACGAGCCGUGAGCGUCUUCUCAAAGGCCGUGUGUACCCUCGAAAGUGCCCGGAAAGCUUGACCAACUGUGCAUUGGCUUACGUUCACAGACGUUUACUGGGGGGCCCUGUGCAUGCUCACUGCGUCCCGGCGCCCAGAGGAGGUUGCCUGAGAGUCGGGAGUUCGACUGUCCACCUUUCCCAGGAGACGAGCUUCUUAACCGCCCGAGUCUCUCUCUCUGGCCCUGCGGCAUUGUGCAGGUCACAGUGAACGCUGCUCCCCCUCUUCCUCCUCAUGGUCUUGAAUGGUGCUCUUCCAGGUUGCUCUCAGCCGGCGUUGGCUUGUAUCAAGUCGGCCUUGGGCACAACAGCUCCGCCACUUUUUCUCCACCCUCCUUCCCGCACUCCGAGGCAUCCCGAAAUUUUUCACAUUUUGGCCCGGCGUUACUUCUCCCAGGAACUUAACCUGGUUUAUUUUAUAACCUUUGUCUUCCUGAGGAAAUGGGGAAACUGACUCUACUCUGUGAUGCCAAGACAGACGGCAGCUUCCUUGUGCACCACUUUCUCUCCUUCUACCUCAAAGCCAAUUGUAAAGUCUGCUUUGUGGCACUCAUCCAGUCCUUCAGUCACUACAAUAUCGUGGGACAGAAGUUGGGUGUCAGCCUGACUGCGGCCCGGGAAUGCGGGCAACUUGUGUUCCUCGAGGGUCUUAAGUCUUCGGUGGAUGUCUUCUUCCGGGCUCAGGCGGAGCCACACCCCCUGCAGUUCCUCAGGGAGGCCGAUGCUGGGAACCUGCAGCCCCUGUAUGAGUUUGUCCGAGAGGCUCUGAAGCCCAUGGAUGACGGACGGGCCGCGUGGAGGUGCCCAGUGCUGCUAGUGGACGACCUCAGUGUGCUGCUGAGCCUGGGCCUGGGGGCCGUGGCUGUGUUGGACUUCAUCCACUACUGCAGAGUGGCCGUGUGCUGGGAACGAAAGGGAAACAUCGUGACCCUGGUACACGACAGUGGAGACGGCGAGGACGAGGAGAAUGACAUCCUCUUGAAUGGCCUUAGUCACCAGAGCCACCUGAUCCUGCGGGCCGAGGGCCUGGCUACGGGCUUCUGCAGGGACGUGCAUGGACAGCUGAGGAUCCUCUGGCGGACACCAUCACAGCCCACAGCCCAGCGGGACGGGAGCCUCACUUACCAGUACAAGAUACAGGACAAAAGUGUGUCCUUUUUUGCCAAAGGGAUGUCUCCUGCUGUUCUGUGACCUGAUUGAGGAGCACACAGAGCGACCUUGGACCGUUUUCAGAUGUGAAAGAUAAAGCGACGAGUCGGAAUGGAUCUGUACACCUUUGAAGUGGCAUUUCAGCCUGGACCAACAGCCUCACUGCGGGGCGGGGCCGUGGAAAGGGGCUGUGACGGCACGUCCUAGUUCCCUGGGCUGUUUGGAUAACAGAGGAAAUAGCAACCCGGCCUCUGAGGAGAGAGACGCCACAUGUUGAAACCGGGUGAAAGUGGUGCCGGGAGCCUUUCAUUAAAUACGCUUUAGCCUCAA